AUGCCUUCGCUUAACUCCAACGGAGUCGCCAACGGCCACUUUGGCCAGUUACGACACAUUCCCAUUUCCUACGAUAACGACAAUUCCAAUGCCUCAGCUCGUGCACUCAUUCUCGCCCUGUUUCCAGAAUGGUCGAGCCCUGACUCCAAUAUCGAAUUCGUACCAUUCAAGGAUGGUAUAACCAACACAUUAUUAAAAGCCAUUAAUAAGAAAGAAGGACUAUCUCAAGACGAAGUAGAUAAGGAGGCGGUUCUACUACGAGCAUAUGGACACGGAACCGAUGUGCUCAUAGACAGGCACCGCGAGACCCAAAAUCACGAGCUGCUAAUGAAAUGUGGCUUGGCUCCCGAAUUACUCGCUCGCUUCGAUAAUGGCAUGAUAUAUCGUUAUAUCCGAGGCACACCCACUCAACCUGCCGACUUGAGGAUGCCACCUAUAUAUUUAGCUGUUGCGAGGCGGUUAGCACAAUGGCACGCUACCGUGCCCUGUAUAUAUGAGACGCAUGCGCAGAAGAACGGGGUUAAUGGGGCCAGCAACGGUCACCAUGAAGUAGAAAUUGAGCAUGCCGCACCAGGCAAACCCUCGCCCAACGUAUGGACGGUUAUGCAGAAGUGGAUCCUUGCCCUCCCUACCAAGACGGAGGCUCAGCGCACGAGACAGGCGAACCUCCAGCAUGAGCUGACUAAGCUAGUUGACGAACUGAGCCAACGACCUGGACUGGGUGAUAAUGGCCUCGUCUUUGCGCACUGCGAUCUCCUGAGUGGAAAUGUGAUCAUUGAGCCUCAAGAUUUAAGCAGCACUAAAAAGGAGGGCGGUCUGCAGAAGGUAGUCAGUUUUAUAGACUAUGAAUAUGCCACUCCUUCGCCUGCAGCGUUCGACUUGGCUAAUCACUUCGCGGAAUGGGGUGGGUUUGACUGCGACUUUACUGUGUUGCCAACUCGAGCACAACGGCUAGAGUUUAUACGGGAAUAUAUUCACACUUACUUUAGUAUAUUACCUAACAAGCCUGAUAACAUAGACGAGGAAGCAGAAGCACAAAAACUGUUUGCUGAAGUAGAUAUAUUCCGUGGUGUGCCUGGACUUUACUGGGGAAUCUGGGCCUUGAUCCAGGCGACCAUCUCGCACAUCGAUUUUGACUACGCGGAAUAUGCCGAGAUUAGGUUAGGAGAGUACUGGGGAUGGAGAGAGGCCAGUAAAUCCGACGGCAAAUUAACAGGAACGGAGUUGUCGGUACGGGAAAAGAGGUGGGCACAGUUGGAAUAG